CCCUCAACACCUUGCCCGUCGAUUCCUUAUCUCUGGCCUCCCAUCUUGGCCCCCCCGUAUCAGGGUUAUCAGUGUCAGAGCAUCAGUGCUUGCCCCAGUCCACGGCCCAUCUGCUGCUCGCUCGCUGCCUUUCCAAGUUCUCUGUGCUUCGAUUUCCUCGAUGAAGUGACAUAUCUGUAGCAUCCGUAAUCAGUCAGGGCAACCUCGAUCCAGUCUGAUAACCUUUCUGUGCUUGGCCACCUAAAACCAGAGAGCCUCCCAUAUUGUGCCUGCUUCUUGUUAGGAAGCCAUUCUCAACCUCCCAACUGCGACUGUGCCGCCAAGUACGCGAGUCGCUCUCUCUCUCUCUCUCUCUCUCGCUUCCUCACUUCGCCACUCCUCAACUCGCCGACUGUCGUCAUCUCUCCUUCUCGACCAAGGCACUGCGCAACGGAUACGAUAUCAAUAGCGAACCAGUACCCUUUUCCUCAACAUCUACUCCGAUAACCCCGGAUUUCGACCAACACAGAAUUCCAAGUCCAGCCUUUCCGAGACGAACAUCCGACUAAUCGUACCUAAUACUAAUAGACAACAUCGUCAUCUCGAGUCUCGAGUUUCUCCUCGUGACGAUCCACGACGUCCUAUCCUUCCAUCUCACAAGUACGAAAGCAUCAAUACCCCAAGUCACCGUCAGGCCUUUCCCUGUGGUGCAAAUCGAUAAUAGCAUCCUCCACACGGUCGAUCAUCGUCAUCUCUUAACCUCUGACGAAGUACCCGACUCGCGCGCACUUGGCUCUCCACACUCUAUUCAAGCACAAGACAAGUGACAAACCGCGCUUUGCACCGACCUUACCGGUGCACACAAACCCAACCCAAAUCCGACGCUGUCAGUAGGUAUCUGCAAGGGCAGCAAGCAACAUUCUCCCAGCCCGCCUCCUUGCUUCUCGAUCCCUCGCCUCGUCUGCAGCUCCAGUCAAAAGCCGGGUCCGAAUACCACCAGGAACCACGCAUCACAUCGCAUUACACGAUACAAGCCUUUCGGCCCCGUGCUCCGCUGCGUCACGUCCCAGCAAUCAUUGCCCUUGAAAGUUCCGUCGCGAUUCCUGUUGGAGAAGGACUAUACAAAGCCUCAACGCUGAUUAGCUGCGAGACGGUUAACUUUACGUUACCAAAACAUCGACGACCCCUGCCCCCGGCACACGACACACUCGAACAGCGACCGAAAGAGGAUACAGUACACGCGCUGGAGAAAAAGGCAGAAAGCCAAAGGCCAGACGAGCACGUCCGUUCGACGCCAAAAUUCUGACCGAACUGGUCCCCUAAUCGUGUAGGUAUCCCUACCUACUUCGUCCACAGCACAGUACUCUCGCCCUUGCUGGCACCAACACUGUGUGGCCUGUACGGAAUACAUCAGUUCAGUGAAUCCACUGGUUUGGUCUGUGGUGUCUGAACCACCAGCCCGCCGUGCCCACGCAACUCCACUGGUCAACCCAACCCAUCUCCUGCUUAGCCUGGCCCGCUGGGGUUUAUGCUGAACAGUCAAGACUGAGCCCGCAGUAGCCCGCUUGCUUUUGCUCUUGACCUGCCUUGCCAGGCCCAGUCCCGGUUACAGCACCACACCCCGAGUUACACCCUACUCCCCUGCCCAACGCAGUGCGGCACCGAGCUGGUUGUGGUUGUGGUUGUGCUCGUGCGCACUCGUGCCUGGUCUGGUCCCCUUCCACACCCCUUCCCUGUCAACCUGUCUUGCCUGUCGGGUCCGGCUUGCCCCGCCGAGCCACUGGCGCACCAGGGCAUGUCCAGACGCCGCCAUGAUGUCCCCAAGGAGUUUCCUUUACUACAAUAGGCAGCCCUCGGCCUCGACCACCCCUCCACCAUCUUCUCCCUCCCCUCCGAGUCUCACGCGCAAACCGACCAACAACAGCUACGCCGCCAGCCCGAGAUCAUCUACGACUACUACGACUGCUGCUGCUGCUACGAAGACGACGACAACAACCACUCCCGUCAACAUCCCCAGAACGGCUUUGCCUUCUGCCCUACUGGAUCGGAAAAAGGAUGCUCAGAACGUGUCCGUCACCCUCACGCCUAUCCCUGCUUCUCCCGUUACCACCUCAGCUACCAUGGCCAAAAGGAAGGAUGCUCGCCGCGAAACUUCUAAGUUGGCGCCUUCGAGCCCCCCUCGCACAACAACAAGCGUAAACACCAGACCGACGACCCCGACUACGCCUGUUCAGAUUCCGUCAAAAUCAAAGGCGACCCCGUUUUACACCUCCAACCGCCAUGCGCAUCGGAAGCCCUCCCGGCCGAGGGAUGUCCACUCACCGGACGCCGUCCCGCCUGCCAUGCUGGCCUUGUUGGCCGUCACUGACAUUCCUAGGCCUCGACGCAGCUUGAGGCAGAGGCUUUCCAGAGACCAGGCAAUGACUCUGGAAGCCGUUAUCGAGAGACAACAAGUUUGCGAAAAGGAACUUAGUCUCACUUUUGGCAAGAGCCCCCUAGACUUGCUGUUAUCGCCACCCGACGACCUGACAGACGAUGAUAUGUCAGUUAGCGAUAGCGGUCUUGGUUCCGUAUUAUCCACCAGAACUGUUUCUGUGGAAUCGGUUCCCUCACUAGGCGAUUCCUUUUCCACCGACACACUGUCGUCGGUCGAGUCACCUUAUGGAUCCAGCCCGCGGAGGAAGCGCUCCCGCCAACCCAGGCGUUCUCUGGAACCCAUUUCAUCUCCUCCCGGCCAGCCCGAGGACCACCCACUGUCCCACGACCGGGUCAGCGUCGACGAGAUUGACUUUAGAGUAUUCGACGAGUCUCAGGAUGAAGAGGACACCAAGUCAGAGUUCUCAUUCUCUGACUACACUUUUCCGCUGCGCCCUCUCAAGUCAGCGUUCAAGUCCAAUCUGACUGCGUCACUCCGCGCCCUGCGCUCGGCUGCACGAUCCAUCUCAGCCAUUAACUUUUCGUCUAUCCCGCCCGACGACUUCCUCACAAGAUCCAUUCUCACCAUCGACCCCAAGGUGCCUUACACGGAUGAGCGAAGGCCACCAGUUCUCGAGGAGGAGCCGUCGGCUGCGUUGCGCCGGUACCUGAACCCCACGACAAACGCCCGAAUUGAGCCCCACCCUGUAGCGGCCACUACGCCGACGGGCACGCGAAGCUUUACUGCGUCUAUCCAGAUGCAAACAUACAAGGUUCAGAAAAGCCGGAGUGCACCACCCACAUCAACUCGGAGCCCCUCCCCGGCGACAUCGGCGGUCACGACUCAGUCAACACCUUAUCAGCCCCCAGCACAAUCUCCGACCCAGACCGCAUUCACGUAUCCUCCAGGAGGCAUGCGUCAGCGAGAGAUGCGGGAGAACUCGGACUUCAUUCGUAUCGCAGUCAUGGAAAUGGCGAUGCGCAAGCAGGGCAAACUCGACGACCAACGGCCAGGCCGCGCUCGCUGGGCGCUACCGCCGCGAAAGCCCAGCGUACGCCCUUACGAUGUUGGUAGCGACGGCGUCCCAGCACGAUGGAUUCCAGUGUCGCAUUGAAGAAAAGUGUCAUGCGAGCUUGGUACAUUAAGCGACUAUCUAUCCAGCCUCUAUCGCAUCAACCCGACAUAGCCCAUUACGAAGGGGGAAAUAAGAGAGAUGUAACGCUGCGCACCGAUGCCGCAGCGUGGACAGUCUCCACGGCUUGAGCACGUCACAAUCCUACGAGGGUUGAGGUUCCAACACCCAUGGUCGACGGCAAGCUUGGUUUUUUCCUCGCUCUUACGAUGGGUGUGGCUUGUUCCAUGGCAUGGCGCAUCCCCCCUCCCGCAACGUGCUGCACUACGACGGUGUUGUCCGCGGAGAAGGGCAGAAAGCAAGAAGUGGGAGGGUCGGGGUUCUGCGACAUGUUGUGGGCUUGCCCUGAUUGCACCGUCACUGCCGGGUGGAAUCGUCAUUCAGCAGGGCCCCCCGAGGCGCUAAUUUACGGGGAAGCGUUGGGGCCCGCAUUCCCACGCAACAAGGGGCCAGACAUUAAGUGCCUGCCUUAUCCGAUAUCGCGGAAUGGUCAGCAUCAUCGCGCGUCGGGCACUGUGGUUUCCCUGUCGGUCUUUGGUCAGAGUACCGAGACGAGGGCUCCAUUUUCUGCCCGAAGCGUCCAAGACGCCGUCUGGGGCACCCAAGACGAAAAGAGAGACGCUGUUACGCUGGAACUGGCACGACUGGCUAGCGCCCCCAAGGAUUUUUUUUUUCUCUCUUCGGUUCCUUCUUGCGCUUCUAGAAGGAGUCGAUCUGCGGGCCUUUUUUACAUGCUCUUACCUUACUGUUUGGUAAUAGCUAGAGGCACUUUUGCAUUUCGCCUACCGCCUGCCGCCUACGGGCGAGGAACUUUUUGAUGGCCGACGGCCGACGGCACGCUUUCUCUUCAAAAUGAGCACACACACUUUUUUUUGUUUGCGGGUCAACACUACCUGCUGUGUUUGUCGACUUUUCUAGAAGCGAGUACCACCGACUGAGGAGAGCGGACCGCGAGGCCCGAUGAGAGCUGGAGCAGUCUGGGUGAGUCACCCGAGGCGUACCAAAGAAACAGGGGAAGGACGGAGCAAUCCAAGGAAAACGACGGACGCGAGAUGCGCUGGCAAGAAUUUGCCCUACGAAAGAAACGGAUUGAAAAGGGGGCUUUCUCGAACGACAGAAUUGGUGGACACACGUCCGACACACCCUUCGCGCACAAGCGCACACAGCAUACACAGCCAAGCGUCUGUACCUACACGGCCCGGUUCCGAGAGCAUGGCCUGAUGCCAGCGACAUGCGACGAGCACCUCCGAAUUUCCUUCAUAGCGAGUGAGCUUGAGAGAUGCGGGGCUAAGACUGGCCAGCGACGUGGGGUCACAUUUCACCUCCAACUCAGCACAACGCACGCUGCAAAGCCUCUGGCACAACACACAUUCUCUCUCACACGGGUGAGCCAAAGGACCAGGCCACCACUCACAGCACUUUUGAUUUUUAUUUGAUUCGACACCACAUGCAUAGCGACGGACCGGGAUCAUGAGCAUUUGAGGCGCAUGCAUAUUAUCACAUUUGUUUCUAUCAACUUUCUUCCCACCCUUCUCGAUUUCACUCCGCUCCUCCGGUUAUUUCCUUCGACACUGGACUCGGCCAAGGACCUAAAGACAAAUCGCUCCAAGGACCCGAAACCCGUGAGUUUGUCCAUAUCCACUCGGAGGACAAAUCCACACCUCACACGCGGGAAGAACUCGGAGGGCGCAAUCUGUGGGGGACUCUUCAUCGGAUCCGGCUCCAGCAAGAGUUUCCCCCCACGCCAACAGCCCAUCUCCUGGCGGGACAUUGACUCGGCCUUCGCAUGUGAGAUGCAGGCCAAGUUGUGACGCCAAAAUGACCAAACGGGGAUGCAGCGACAUGACUCAGGGAUAGCGCACGCACAACACACAGCCAGACAGGAACAGGGCUGGGAUUGUUUUUAUUUUAUCUUUUUCUUUCUUAUCUACCUUAUGCAUGCGAAAUACGAGAGGACAUAGCGACGACGCAGAAGAGCCGGAGUUUUUGGAUUAGGAAGGUGCUGCCGCCAAGGUUGAAUUGUUACGGCGCAGCGACGAUUCCCAGCAUGCGUGGAUGGGAACAUGGGAAUCAAACAAGACGGCAUCAGAGUCCGUAUGAGGAGCAUAGGCGCGCCCUACUAGGGCAUAUUGUUUUAGUUGAAGAGCCCAAUCUCACAUCACAUAUUGAACAACUAUUUUUGCAAGCAUCUACUAGCGGAGGUUGGAGUGCUGAGUUUCCCACGUACUUUAUGCAGGGCAAGCAGCAAAGCCCAGGAACACGUUGCGCGAACAGGGGUCACAAAACGCACUGAUGCAUGGAGG